AUGGCUGAAGAGGAGUUCGAGAUUGACGUCUAUGGCGAUGACGCCAACGAAGGCGGCGACAACGACCACGGCGACCAUGGCGACCACAAUGACCAGGGCCAUGGCCACGACGAUCACGGCUACGAGGGCGAUGAGACCCACGAGGCCAAUGGCGAGCAUGGUAACCCCGAGGACGAUUACCAAGAGGAACCCAAGGACCACAUGGAUGAUGCCGGCGCUGGUCAAACCCAGUCUCAGAGCCCUGCUCCACGCCCGCAGCAGGGUGUCAAACGCAAGGAAGGCUCCGACGAGCGCCCAGUUGAUCCUGGCGCUACCACUGCUCUCAUGGUUUCCGAACUUAAUUGGUGGAACACCGACGAUGACAUCCGUGGCUGGAUCCGCCAAGCCGGUUGCGAGGGAGAGCUCAAGGACAUCACUUUCAGCGAGCACAAGAUCAACGGAAAGAGCAAAGGCCAAGCGUAUGUCGAAUUCGUCUCCCAGCAGGCCGCUACCGCCACGAAGCACAAAAUCGAUGCUCUGAACAAUGAGAACAGCCAGCCGGGUCAGAAGAGACACACCGUCAUCUACUCGGCCCCAUCGCACAACCCAUUCCGCACCUUACCCAAGGAUGCUCCGAACCGGGCUUCCAAGGAUGCCCCCAACCGCCCGGCCCCAACUUCGUACAACGACCGCAGCAGCAACUUUAACAACAACAACAACAACUUCAGUGGUUUCCGUGGUGGCCGUGGGGGCUACAAUAACCCUCGCGGAGGUGGCAUGAACCAGGGCGGCUUCAACCGUAACUUCCCCAACACUAACAUGAACUCGUUCAACGCGAACAACAUGGGCGGUUUCAAUAACCCCAUGGGUGGCGGUGGUUUCGGCGGUGGCUUCAACCGCGGUGGUAUGAUGGGUGGGGGUAUGCGCGGCGGAGGUGGCAUGCGCGGUGGCCGCGGGGGCGGUAUGAACAUGAUGGGUGGUAUGCCUAUGGGCGGCGGAAUGCCCAUGGGAGGUAUGGGAGGACCUAUGGGCGGUAUGGGCAUGAUGGGCGGUCCCAUGGCUGGUGGUAUGCCCGGCUUCCAAGGUAUGCAACCCGGCUUCAACGCGGCCUUCUUCGGCGGCGGUGGCGGCGGUGGAGGAGGUGGCGGUGGCCAGUCCAACGAAUGGCAGAACCCCCACGGCGCGAAACGUGCGCGCGGCGAGUAG